AUGGCUACCACUAUGCUGCCUGCAGGGGGCAUUGCCCUUGUUGGCGCCCCGGACCGCGACCUCGGACUUAACGACGCCAAACCAACGCCGAUGCAGGCCAUGCAGGUGGACAUAACUCAGGACAUUGUUGAUGCCCUCCUCGAAAGCAUCAAGAGCGAGAAACCGCCCCAGAUCAUCUUUGGGCGGACUCCUCAACUCAAGUACGGCGACAAGACGCACAUGCUGCAGAGCAGCACCGAACUCCAUCGCUAUGAACUAUACAAGUCCAGCGGGACUGGGACCGACGACGAGACACUCGAGUUUGCCGGCUUGAUCAACCACAGUCUGGUGGUACACAAGGCCGAAGAUGUGACGGCGGGCGUUGACUCGGCGCUGGAGCAGCUCAGGAGUAACAUGGCUGCGAUCUCAGAGUUCAAGGAAGCCAACAAGACCAUUGUCGGUGAUGCCACGCCAGGUCGCACUCCAGCCCAUCGCCGCUUCCCUUCGACGGGCUUCAAGGCUUCGCACCUCGCCCCUUCCUCGCCCAUGGGCAAGCGUCCACCUACCUCGCAGCCCACAAACAGCCACGACAACAUUGUCACGGCUCUUCGCGUUCCCAUAAUCCACCUCCUUGCACGUGAACCCGCGACAGAAGCCUCUCUUGCCGCCACCUGCCGCACCUCGCUGGCUGUCAUCAGAGAUGUCUUGCCAAAGAUUGCCAAACGCUCCACCUCGGACGCGGAUAAGUGGCAGCUGACUGACAAGUCUUUCCGUGAAGUGAAUCCUUACAAGUUUCCAUACAAGAGCUCGGAAGAACGUCAACAGGCAAUCGAUGGCGCAGUCAAGUCGUUUGACCGCCAACGACUGUCAAAGGAUGACAAGCUUUGGCAGAUUCUCCUACCACGUGAAGAGCGUGGCCAGGGCAAAUGCUUGUCGCGGUCGACGGUCAAGGCACCCGAGGCGAAGCCCAAGGCAAGCACCCCAAUGCAGAAGAUCUCCGACCUCACCAAGAAGAAGCCGGCCGCCAAGAAGGCCGCCGACAAAGCUAUUGUCGAGAAGAAGCCUAGAGUCGCAAAGGUUGCCGAGGCCAAGCCCAAGUCGAGCAUGAAGGAAAAGUACCUGGCACGUGAGCAGCCGGUUGUGAAAGAGGUGAAGGAGGAGCCCACAAUAGCUGCGGCCCCAGUCACGUCCACCUCUUCAAGCUCAACUGCUCGACCGACCGCACCUUCUCACCGCAACACACCUUCUACCGACGUUUCCAAACCCCGUACCAAUACCACCACUCCACGUGUAAAGCCCAAGAUGUCCGGCCGAGACGCGCAGCGAGAACGACCCGCGAACAGGCCAUUCAAGCCCACGAUGCCCGUCAACACCAAGCCCAAGAACCCCUCACCUCUGUCUGCCUCGCCGCCCGUCAACGCCAGUGACUUUGAAGACUCGCACCCAGUCCACAAAGCUCUCGCCGCUGCUCCGUCGCCUGCCAAGUCCUCUGGCAACUCGGACCGCAUUCUCAAGCGCAAGGCAAAUGACAUUGACAGCGACAUCCACAACCACAGUCUGGCCGUCAAGAAGCCGACCGCCGACCGCGCCACUCCCAACCGCACCCCCUCACACACCAAUGGCAGGCUCAACGGCUCCACGCCCUCCAGCACUAGCUCACUGAAGCGCAAGUCCGACGAUUCGUCUUCCUCCAACACCCCCACCACUGCACCCAAGGUUCGCAAGGUCACCAAGAUUGACACCGGUCUCGCCUCUCGCUACCACCACAACAACCCCCGCGCAUCUCCAGGCGCCUCCUCAUCUUCGACCACGUCUCCAUCCAUGCCGAGUCUGAGCUUCCGACAGACGGUUGAGCUAUCUCAGAAGUUCCAGCGCUACUACAAGAAGUACGAGGAGCUCUACUGGCAGCUGACCGAGGCGGAGAAGCCCCCGACUGAAGCACAGAGGAACGAUCUGCUCAAGAUGCAUAAGAAGCUGGAGGAGAUGAAGAGGGAGAUCAAGGCUGGUGCUGGCAUGCACCACCGAUGAAAGACGGCACUGAGUCGUCGCUCACGACACGGCGCAUAGUGCGCGCAUGAUUAUUCAGUACACAUUGCACAUAUACCCCACGGCCUACGCGACUGAUGAGAAUGGCGGCAAUUUGCAUAUCCAAAAAAAGGAGUUUGUGUUUUCUCUGUCUCGGCGUUCAUACAGGAGGACUUGCAAGGACGGCAUUUAGGGUAUGGUGUUUUGCAUUUGAUCAUUGUUCUCUUCCAAGCUUGCAUGUACCUAUGCGUACGGCUCCCAAUACUAUGAACGCGAUGAAAACAUAAUGCCGGCGGCUACAUAUGCUCUGCAUCCGUACAGUGUGUACGUCUCAUCACUAGAAAUUAGAACCAUUGCCCAAA